ACCACUCACCGGUUUUACCAUUAAUUCACUCAUACUUCUCAAUUCCUACCAAACCAAACCGAACCAACUCAACGCAAUCAUGAAGAACUCCAUCUUUGCACUCGUCGCCUCUCUAGCCGUGGCCAGCGCUAUGCCGAACUUGAACCCAAUGUCGAAGAACAACCCCCACAACUACGAGCUCUCUAAUGCCUGUACCGGCAAACAGGCUGGCGACGAAUGCCUCUACGAUUUCACCUGGUACUACACAAACUACGGUUGGCCCAUCAUCGAUAUUGCGCAUAUCUGCAAUGGCACAUCGAAUUGCUUCACGCAGUCUGACCCAGAACACCCCCUUGUAUGCAGGCCACCAACUACACCGGGAGCUUGCCAUGAUGUUCAGACGCCGCACGUUAUGGGCUCUUGAAUGAUAUCUGGAAAUACAUUGUCUUGUAUAUAGUUUGAAGUACUGUGAAUAGAUUGUACUUGCACCA